UGGAGCAAGUUCACAGGUGAACUCCGCCCUCUCGCACAGCUCAAACUCCUGUGCCUCAGACUCCUGAGUGAAGCCCGUUCUCUCCGGCAGCUGUGGGGUGCUGAGCGUCGCAUCCCAGCCUCUACUGGCCGGCUUCUGGGGAGCCCCUCGAGCGAGCUGCAGCAGCCUCAGCGGGCCCUCAAGGGGGCGCCGAUGACAUCCGUGUGAAUCCGGUCACCAAGCUGAUGGUCCCCAGCCCCAACUGUGCAAUGCUUCCGGCCAGUGGCCAUGCAGGGUCCAUACCUCCUGGCUACUUCGUCCACCCUGACACCGGGAGGGUGCUGCCUGAAGCUGGAAACCUGGGGUACGAUCUGCAGGGAGCUACCCUGGUGCCCACCACUGACUUCGGUUCCGGUGGCGUCCGAACGUCAGAAGCUGCCAUCCUCCCCUAUGUGCCCUACCCGACCUGCCCCGCCACAGGCUCCCCUCCAACCGCCCGCCUGCCCGUCCUGCAGCCACGAAGGACGUCACAGAUGGGGGCUGUCAUGACAGACCCUGCAACUGGCAUCGAGGUGCCCGUGCUAGCUGUGACCCUGCACCCUCAGACGAGGCAGUGGCUCGCUCUUGGGGGCACAUACUGCAACCCUCUCACCAAGACCUUGGCCCCUCUAGAGCUGGGGGGCCCCAUGGAGGAUCCAGUCACUGGAGGCAUCUCGCCAAUCCUGGGAGUCGGGUUGGAUGAAGACACAGGUGUCCUGUCAGCCUCAGUGCUGUGCUCCCAGCCUCUCCUGUCCGCCCUUGGCCUCCCGUUCCUCCUGCACCCUCCGUGCUCCGGUCCAGGCUGCAAACUCCACCCCAAACCCCUCUUUCCACCCUUCCUCCUCACUCUGCUCUUACCCCACCUUCGUUCUGCAUCCCGGCUUUGCUGGCCCUUCCCCAUCUCCAGCACGGUGUCCAGGGGGGAAAGAGACCCGAGCUGGCUCUGCAGUAAAAGUAAGGGGAGGUUUUCAACCAAGAAGGGGCAUUUGCUCCUCCCACCACCUCUCUACCCCUCGGCCCUCUCCCCUUCCCCCAUCGUCUAGUCCCCCACGCCUGUCGCUUACUGUGUGCAGGCCCUAGCUCUCCUUCAUUCCUCAUAUCCCUGCAUCUCUGCUCAGACCCCCUUCUACCUCACCCUCUGGGGUUCCAGGUCAGGUGCUUGCCCUGGGCGGGCUGCGAGACGCCUCGGGGAACCUUAUGCUGCCUGGCGACAGCUUCGAGGAGCCACUGAGCAGGAAGACAGUCCGGCUCCAGGGAGCUGCGCGACAGGAGGGCAGGACAGUGCCCCACACGGGAGGAUCACAGGCCCUGCUGGAUGCCAACGUGCUGGUGGCCCAGAGGCGAGUGCUUGCUGUGCUGCGCAGCUACCAGGAGAGGCCAGGGUCAAGGAUGCAGGGGCUUCUGGAGGCUGCCAUCAAGGACAUGAGACAGGCACUGGCCUUGAGUCUGCACCAUGUCCUGCAGCAGGCUCGGAGACUGGAGCGGCAGCUGGAGACAGCAGGUGGCAUCGCGGCUGGCGGAGGAAGGCUAGGUACCUGUUCACCUAGACCUAGCUCUCAGGCCCUGAAAUCCCAGGCCCAGGCUGACCGGGUGCUUGGAUACUCACAUCUCAUUAGCUCACGGACAGGACUGCAGCCUCACAGGUCAGGUACACACGGGACCAAGGGAAGAGAGAAGGGAUGUGAUGACUUCAUGUCCGACCCCAUGAACGCUCGGCUUGAA